AUGGCGUCCGAACUUCAGCAGCCGUCCGCGGGCCCGCCUCGCAAGGUUGAUAUCUUUACGGGGGACCUCAUCCAUCAUGACACAUACCCUGAGAUCAAUCCCGUCACCGUCUCGAACUGCACAGGCAAGGCUGUUCUCAUCACAGGGGCUAGCAAAGGCCUAGGCAGGGCGGUUGCCAUCGGAUAUGCAGAGGCUGGCGCGUCAAUGAUUGCUGUUGCCGCUCGAUCAGACGUCUCGUCAACCGCAAGCGCUGUCCUGGAAGCUGCCAAGAAUGCUGGACGAGCUGAACCCACCGUCUUGAUACUCGAGAUGGACGUUAGUGACACGCUUAGUGUGAAGGCGGCGGCAGAAAGAUUGAAGGCCGAAUGGGGACGUCUCGAUAUCCUCAUCAACAACGCCGGUUACAUGGCACCUUUCAAGCUGCUGCUGGAGGCCGAUGAUGAUGAGUACAUGAAGACGUGGGACGUCAACUACUGGGGUACUUACCGAGUCACCAAAGCGUUCUUGCCCCUGAUGUUGAAGGGAGGAGACAAGACGAUUGUCAACAUGUCAUCAGUUGCGGCACAUUUCAUGGGUGUUGGUGGGGGAGCCUACCACGUCUCCAAGUUCGCAUUGACACGCUUCACUGAGUUCAUCCAAGAUGAGUACGCAGAUCAGACGGUCAUUAAGAAGUCAUUGUUCACUGUUCUCAGGGAGUCCUCGCAUUCUCGAUCCAUCCCGGUGGGGUUCCCACCGAAAUGUCCUCCAAACUCCCCGAAAGACUACAAUUAUGACUCUUUUGCUGAAGUAUGGAUAGUUCGAAUGCGGGAUACUCCAGAGCUUGCUGCGCAUUCUGUUGCAUAUCUCACCAGCACGAAGAGGGACUGGCUCGGCGGGAGAUGGAUAAGCUGUAUGUGGGAUAUGCCGAAAUUAUUGACAAUGGAAAGGAAGAUUGUUGACGGGAACCUUCUGAAAUUCGAGUGCUCGGGGCUGUGA